AAGACCUAUCCUAGAGGAAGAGGCCGAGGCCGCAGUUGGAACAGAAUAUCGGGCUUGGCAGCCACUCUCUAGAACCUGCGCUUGCGUCCGACCCUCUAAACCCUCGGCGGUAGAGUGGAAUACCCUCCGUCGGCUCCGCUCUAAUUCGUGCCCGAUGCCUGGAUUUUGUUGCUUGAAUUGGUUCGUCGGCCAGCUCUGAGCUGAAGAGAGCAUCGGCGGAGAGCGACGUUCGAUUUUUUCGAGACCGCGAGUGCUUUUCUCGAACGACAUUUCGAUCAUCCGCCGACGCAGCGCGGCCGGCGAUUUUGGUCUGCUCGAUUUGAGAGAGUUGGAGAAACGAAGACGAAGACGAAGGAGGAGGUGGACGAGGAAGAGGGUGUGGAUGCAUCCUUAAGAGGACCACUGAGGUCUGAGUUGUCGGCAGAGCUCUCAAUGAGACCUGGACAGAACUUUUACUACGCACAGCAUCAGCAGCAAGCUGCGCAGGUCAAUUCUGGUUUUCGCCCUGGGCAACAGCAUCAUCAGCAUCAACAAAACCCCGCGUUCCUGCCUUCCCUCUACGCCGGCCCGCAUGAUUUGCACAGUGGGGUGCAAGUUGUGGCACUCCCCAUCGGUCAGCAGUUCGCGGUGACGCCGAUACCACCGCCGCAGCAGUGGGGCCACAUCCGGUCGGAGUCCCCAUCAUGGGGCAAUGGGAACUUUCCAUCACAGGGUUUAGGUCCACCUUUUCAUGGGCAACAGUUCAUGCACCAUGAGCCGAAUGUAGCCUUCAUAUCUCCCCAGCACCUCUCUGGAGAGGGAGCGCGCGGUAACUCGUCUUGGGGGUAUGGACAACACGAUGGUCCAAGCGGGAGGUUCGAGCGAAAUCCCACUCACCAAGAUAUACGGCGUCCUGUCGAAGGGAUGCGGCAGAUGGAGUAUCUGUCGCACGAAAGAAGUUCUCGCGGUUCGUCCCGGGACAAGUCUUACGACGACAAUAGGUCUGGGAGCUGGUCAAAUGGAUCUGGCUCCAGCAAUUCUCGCAAUAUUUCCGGAGGGAAGACGGGGAAGGGGCGAGGUGGAGGUGGAGGUGGGGCCAUGGAUAGGGAGCCUAUGAGACCGCAGGCUAUCUCAUUGCACUGUGACCCAUGCGAUCGCACAUUGUCGAACGCUCAACAAUUUGCAGCCCACAAAAGCACACAUGUCAAGUGUGAUGUGCCAGGCUGCUCGUUUGAGGCCUCAGGAAGGGUAGUGAAGGAGCACAAGCAAACAAGCCAUGACAGUUUGUCUUCGUCUGCUCCAUCAAGGCCUGGCUCGUUCAAGUCUAAAGAAAGUGAAGAAGAAGUCCUACGCUGGCGAGAUGAACGGAAGCGGAACUACCCGACAACAGCAAACAUCAAGCACAAGGCAGAAGAAAUGCAGGCGAGAAAAGCUAGAGGAGAACUCGUAGACGAGGAUGCCAGGAAACGGCGAGAGAGACUGAAGGAGAUUCUCGCCCGACAAGCAGAGCUGGGUGUUCCUGUUGCAGAGUUGCCUGCCUACUACUUGUCCGAUCGGUACGGGGGGUCCAAGGAUAAAAGCGAAUCCCGUGGUGGAGGAAGGAAAGAAAAUAAUAGAAAUGGCAAGAGACGGCUGAAUGCAGACCAGGGUAGUGGCACUGCCGCAGUGUCCGACCCCAAGGAAGAGAGAAGUGAGCCACCUCUCAAGCAGGUCAAAAUCGAGGAACCAAAUCCUCCGACCUGUGUAGAGCCUUCCCGUGAAUCUGAGCCAGCAGGCCCGGGUGAACUGGAAACUCCAAAAGCGGAGGCAACCGAGGAACUUGAUUCCGAAGCUGCGGCCACCAAUUCCGGUGGAAAGGGUCAAGAUCCGUCCAAGAAAUACACACAGGUAUGCUACUUUUUCAAGCGCGGACGAUGCAAGAAGGGCAACAGAUGUGAGUUUCUCCACGAUAAACGCUCCGAUCGCCCGAAGAAGCCGAAAAAGGAUCUAGCGGCCGCGGCCAACAACAAACGCCAACCCAGCCUUCUGGCAAAGCUUCUCGAGUCCGACAUUCGACGAGAGAAAAGUUACUUAUUGCAAUCUUUUCGCUUUUUCGUAAAUAAUAUGUUCCUUCUGGAAUGGCCGGAAAAGCCGCUGAAGUUUUUUGACUGGACGGAUGUUGAAGACCAAGCUAACAGCGAAAAUGAAGUCGCUCGGAUAGAUAAGAAACUACAAGAGGAGUUAGAAGCUGUGAUGGAAGAAGACUCGGAUGAAGAGGAAGAUGAUCAGGAGCUUGAAGGACUGGUGAUUCCCUCAGAAGAACAGCACGGCAACGGAGAAUCAUCUACGCAAUCGGAUUCCGCCCUGUAGAUUUACCCUGCUCUUACGGGUGAUGUCCCGCCACAAUUUGCGAAACGAAGUUUAUAUUACACCCAAUCGACUCUGUCGGUCAUGCCAUGGAUGAGUGUCAUUUUCAGUUCUUUUGUCGAGAGACAUGUUGCUCCGGAACUUGGAUCUGCACGAUGAGUCCUGCAUCUUUCAUGACAAGUUCUGGGAUGUUUGCGUCUCGACAAAUCGACGCUCUCACCAAGUCGUCACAAGGAAAGACGUCCUCUUGCACACCACGUCAUCCUCGAACUUCAAAGUCUAAAACCUGCCGGAUGAGUUCCAUCUGCGGUAACUCGAUGAUUCUCAAACGCUGAAGUUUACGUUGCAAGGUGUGCUUUGACUGCAGCCAACGAAAUCCUUACAAUUAGGAGCUUUAGCCCUCGUGGUGGGGCCCUGGGUACCUGUUGUAGCUACGUGGUUAUAGGUAUGCACUUCUCCGGGGUACCAGUCGAAAUACCGUAACUGCUGGUGACAUGGUUCCCACUAUCAUGCCUUCGGGACCUAGUCUCAUGAUAUCCGGCUAGUUUCACCCUCCUCAAGGCAUAGUUGCCAAGUUGAACUAUUAGUGAGUAAAGUUGCACCUUUCAGCGUCUUAGAACUCCCGAGUAGUCGACUGAAUGUGUGAUCGAGGAGGGCCUUCAUGUGUGAUGAGAUAUGAUACGGUGACUGGACUCUCUGAAAGUUCCGUCUCUCCCAAACCAUACAAAUGCUGCGUGUGGUGUCCGAUGAAAGUGGAAAUGACCAAUCACAGGAGGUUUCAAUGUAUAUGGCACUUUGCUCUGUAGUCCCGUCACGAUGGAGUUUAAAACUGUAAAGCAUUGCUUUCUUCGCCGCACAUCUGCUGGACGAAACGCAUUAUGAUUAAUUUACCGCUCAUGGUUUAUUAGUGUGGAAUGCUCUCUUCUUAUUUUAUCGUAAGCUCAGCGUCAUGCAAUACAUCUGGGAUAACGAUUAUGACGAAAAAGAGAUUGAGCAGUCUCUUUUCGUUCACUACUGAAGACAAUGCCGCGUCUAUCCAGAAGUUGACAUAAACAUACUAAAUUCCUAAUGAUGCUGGAUGUGAGUAUUUACUCACAAGGAAACUCAAACUAGAACACAACUAUCACCGAUUUUGUAACAUUCUUGCCACAUGAGAUACAGUGGGAAUCGGAGCCUCACCCAGUAUAGGAUGAAUAUAGAAGUGGAAACCAGUUGAUGCCUGAAUAUUGAUUCAGGAGACGAAGCCUUCAUAUUAGCUUCGGAACCUGUCACUCCAAUAGAGGCAGACGUGUAAAACAUACUUUCUUACAAUUUCACAAAAGAGGAAGUCUCACCUUCUAGAAUAC